GUAUGUAUUAACUAGUCUUCCUCAUCGAUCAGAAAUGUCUGAAACUGACAACAACAGUUUUCCAGUCCCCCACCCCCGGGUCCUGAGGGAUGGGUAUGACCUGCCUGUGUAUGGUCUAGCUUCUGGGAGAUUUUAUGCCUUACACAUACCUGCGCUGAUCUGUAUCUUCCUCAGCUUGACUUCGGUUAUUGUAACAAUUGUUCUCAGUUUCAGAAAAAAACCCAAAAAAUCUUUUUUUGAUUGGACUAAAAGUGAGAGAUUUAUUGUUUACAUGGCGAUUUGCGAUGGCGCUUUUAACGUGUCGCAUAGUUUGGACCAUCUUCAAAUUCUAGCCACAAGGAACCAUGUAUAUCCCGUGACAUUGUGUCAAUUUUAUGGUGUCAUGUUGUUAGAGUUUAUCACGGCUCAGAACUUAAUGGUUAAUAUUGUGGCAGUUAACGCAUUUACUCUUAUGAUCUUCAAUAAACAGCUGAAUUUUGGAAAACGAGACUGGCGACUUCUCUUGUGGAUUUUUGGAGCACCUUUCGUCUUCUCAAUGAUAGCUCUUGCAACUAAACAGAUUGGCCCUACUGGCUCAGCUUGCUCGUUUGACGGUGUAAAUGGAAAAAUGGGAUCCUUUCUACUAACGACGCUUCCUCUUUCCGUCAUUCUCGUUAUGAACACAACUCUAUACGUUUUGACUUGGAUUAAACUUCGUGCUAUGGAACAAAUGCUGAAGAAAUCACUGGGAAAACAGUCAUCUGCUACUCGAACAAAGCACGCAGCAGUUCGCGCCAUGUCUCUGUUUGUGCUAGCCUUCAUCAUUCAAUGGUGGGCCAUGGCUAUGCGUGGGAUCUGGGGGUUCGCCCAGCCAGGAGGUGUCCCCGCCGCAGUUCACCACACCGUCACCACAUUUUCCAACAUCGGUGGGAUAUUAAAUCUCGGGGUUUACCUUCUGAUCAGACGACAAAUGCAUCUACAGUUGAAAUCUGAGAGUACCUCGGGCACAAAACGACCUGGGACUAAAGAUACGAGUGACACGGAGUUAUAGAAUAUUACAGAUAUGUUAAUCAUAAUUAACUUUUUUUUUCAUUUCUACAACUGAAUUUCGUGUUCUUCUUGAUGUCGUGACAGUUGGUCCCCUCUGAUAGUGGGGGAUAUUAAUUUCUAUCUGCCUGUCCAACCGUCUGUCUGUCUGUAUUUCUUUCAGUUUGAAACACUUUCGUUUCCCUGCGAUUUCUCCAGAAGUCUUUUGGAUUUUGCUAUGAAAUUUUACAUAGCAACUCCCUAUGGACUAGGGAAGACCUCUAUUGAUUUUUCAGAUCAAAAUAUCAAAGAUCCAGGUCAUAAAUUCAAAAUCUAUCUGUUUUAACACUUUCGUUUCUGUGGGAUGUCUAGAGAAGCCUUUGAGAUUUUGCAAUGACAUUUUAUACCACAACUCUCUAUGGCUUAAGGAAGAUCCCUAUUUAUUUUGAGGUAAAGGUCAAGCAGUCGUCAAUUUAUACAUUCUGUGUGUGUAAAAUUAUUCGUACGCAAUAACCACUAAUCAAUUCAUUCAUUACAAGGAUAUUUUUUGAUUGAUUCAAAAUCAUUAUUACAACAACUGUAUUCUAAGAUGGCUGUUAGUAAACCUGGAUUGAAAAGCAUUAGUCAGGUUUUUUGACAGCAUAUUAAAGAAAUCAGGGAAAAGCAUGCAAAUAAAACAAUCUGUCUUUGA